AUGUAUUACUUAAAUGAUGAAAAUGAUGUGAAAGAAAUCAACGAAUUUUACAACCAGAACAAGUGCAAUCCACUGUUAUCUAUGUAUAAUAUGCAUGAUGAUAAUCAGUUAGAAAUGCCUUCAUUGCCAUCUGAAAGUAUUUUUAUGAUGCAUGCUGUUAAUGAAAAUGACAGUGAAAUGAUAUGUAAAAUGGUCAACGACAUGCAACUUCGUAAAUUGUCUAUAGACUGUAAUGAGGCUAUCAAAGAUAAUCAAGAAUUUACACUUGAUUUGAGAAAAGCAACAACAUUAGAAGUAAUAAGUAUAACAAGGUUUGGGGGUAAAUUGUCGAUACCAGAUUCUAUAAAAAGUAUUUCAGUUAAUUUUAUAGAUGCAACAAUCGAAACCAAUAACGCUAAAAUAGAAGAUAUGCGGAUUAAAUGUUGUAAAGCAAAUGGAUUGAGAGUGGAAGAAGGCGUGUUAAAAAAGGUGUAUUUUUGGCACGAAGGACUAGGUUUCACUUUUGUUCACAAUGGCAUUGAAUUGAAAAAUACACUUUACAUUGAUAAUAUUGAUUUCGAUUACAGUCAGUUGGACAAACCAGAAAAACUAAAAGUGUUUAAAGAUGGAAAACAAAUAGUUUUGAAAAAAGAGGAUUAA